AUUUCCCCCAAUCAUUCAGAAGGAAAUCCUUGUAUAAUAUCUUAUUUUUCCCUUCUCUUUUUUAGCCAAUGGCUACUCAAGAUAAUUGCGAGGAAGGCGACAAUAAGAGCAAUGACAACAUGUGCAAAGAGGUCAAAGCGAGCCUUGCACACUCCACUGUGGCGUUGGUUGAGGAGGAGCCAGAGGAAAUAGACCCGUGGGACAUGCCGAAGCUGAAGGACACAGGGGUCCCAUGGUCAGCUUUGGAUACCAAAGGGAAGGUGUGGAGAGUGUUGGUGUCGGUGGGGAAGUUCAUUCUGCUGCUGGGUUUCCUCUACAUCUUCAUCUGCUCUCUUGACGUCCUCAGCUCAGCUUUCCAGCUUGUUGGAGGUAAAGCAGCGGGGGACAUCUUUCAGGACAACUCGGUGCUGUCCAAUCCUCUGGCUGGUCUGGUCAUCGGUGUCCUGGUCACCCUGCUGGUCCAGAGUUCAUCCACUUCCUCCUCCAUAGUGGUCAGCAUGGUCUCUUCUGGACUGUUAUCCGUCCGGCUGGCCGUUCCUAUCAUCAUGGGCACCAACAUCGGCACUUCUGUCACCAACACACUCGUCGCUAUGACGCAGGCUGGUGACCGCAGCACCUUUCGCAGGGCCUUUGCAGGGGCCACAGUUCACGACUUCUUCAACUGGCUCUCCGUGCUGGUGCUGCUGCCUCUUGAGAUCGCCAGCGGAUAUUUGUACGAGGUCACGAAGCUCAUCAUCGACUCCUUCCAAAUUGAGAGUGGAGAGGCCCCGGAGCUGUUAAAUGUGAUCACUGAUAUCGUCACUGAGUCAAUUAUACAGUUGGACCAGUCCGUCAUCAAUGGGAUUGCCACCGGAGACCCAGCAGCCAGGAAUAAGAGUCUCAUCAAGAUAUGGUGCCAUACCUUCACCAAUACAUCCUUAAUGAACGUCACGGUUCCUGGUCCAGAUAACUGCACGUCUCCGUCCCUGUGCUGGGUCGAUGGCAACUACACCAUCACACUGAAGAACGUUUCUGAAACGUGCAAUCUCCAGAAAUGUAAGCAUAUCUUUGUGAAUGUGAAUCUGCCGGACCUGGCGGUGGGUCUGAUCCUGCUCGCUCUCUCUCUGCUGGUGCUCUGCUCCUGCCUGAUACUCAUCGUCAAGCUGCUCAACUCCAUGCUGAAGGGACAGGUGGCCUCAGUCAUCAAGAAGAUCCUCAACACCGAUUUCCCAUUUCCUUUCGGCUGGGUCACAGGUUACAUUGCCAUUUUUGUCGGAGCUGGAAUGACAUUCAUUGUGCAGAGCAGCUCUGUUUUCACUUCUGCUAUCACUCCACUUGUCGGUAUUGGUGUCAUCAGCAUAGAGAGAGCAUACCCAUUGUCUCUGGGUUCAAAUAUUGGUACAACCACCACAGCCAUCCUGGCAGCUAUGGCUAGUCCUGGAGAGACACUGGCAAAUUCUCUACAUAUUGCCCUCGUACACUUCCUGUUCAACAUCUCUGGCAUCCUUCUGUGGUAUCCAAUCCCCUUCACCCGAAUCCCUAUCCGGCUGGCAAAAAGCCUGGGAAACAUCACCGCCACCUACCGCUGGUUUGCUGCCGUCUACAUCAUCAGCUUCUUCUUCAUUUUACCGCUCUUCAUCUUCAGCCUGUCUCUGGCCGGCUGGAAGGUGAUGGUGGGUGUGGGUGUUCCUCUGGUCGCCAUGCUGAUCCUCAUCGUAGUGAUUAACGUGCUGCAGAAAAGGAAACCCCGGUGCCUGCCUGCAGCCCUGCGAUCCUGGGACUACCUCCCUCUGUGGGCCCACUCCCUGGAACCCUGGGACAAAUUGGUUGGUGCUUUUAUUGCAAAAUGCUGUUGCUGCUGCAAAUGCUGCCAGCUUGCUGUUGAAGGGGAAGAACACAAAGAGAAAGAGUGUGUGGAAAAUAACAACAAAUCACACAUAGCAGUGUAUGAUAAUCCUGCAAUGAGUGCAGAGAAGGAGGUGGAAAAUGAGUUCAAUUUAGAGCUAAACAUUCUGAAAAACACCCGGCUUUGAGAUUUUAAAUAUAUAUUUGUGACUAUGUGUAUAUAAUGCAAAUAAGUACAUUAGGCAUGGCACAAGGACCAAACACAUCCUGGCAAAACUAUUUUAAAUGUAUGUUAUUAAUUUAGUAUAAAAUGGUUUAAUAAGGAAUAUCAGACAAUAAAAGAAAAAGUGUUUUUCAGCUGCGAGAAGUAAGAAUCAAUUUCAUGAUUAAGAUUUGUGAACAAUAAGGAAAAUAUAAUUUUCUAUUGGCUUAUUCUACAUUAUUUGGUUUUCUAACAUUUUUGAAAUACUUCUUUCAUUUGAUCAAAUCAUGACAUUACUAAAAUAAUUCUAUAUAAAUAAGGUAUAGCGUAUGUUAUUUAAUGUUAAGUUAAGUCAAUAACGGGCUCAUAACGAACUGUUAUUUAAAAAAGCAAAGCAAUGUAAAGGUUGUUUUUUAUUCUAUAUUAUUAAAAUGUGAACACUCUGAGGAUGCCAUGGCCUUCCAUACAGGAAAUAUAGUCGGUCAGAAUAACAUCUGCACAGAACCACAGGUUUUUACUGUGUAUAAGACACACUGAGAUCCUUAUCACAUCGUUUUAAGGUGUAUAAUAAUUCAAUUUAAUUGAGACAGAUAAUCGUAUUCAAGGAAUAUGUAGUUUGAAAUUAAAUGAC